AUCAAGGGUUGCGCGUAUUUAGGAUUUGUGGUUGCUGAUUGUGUGGUAUCAGUUAGUUCACAGAAGUGUCAUUCCUUAUGUAUAUAUGUUUGGUCUCAACGUAUUACGUGUAACUUUCAAAAAUAAUCUUUUCCUAUAUAAAAAUUCGGUGACAAUUUAAAGCCACUUUUUCAACUUUGCAGUCAGAAAUACUGGAUUCUAACUAUUGAAUAGUCUAUCUUUCCGUAAAUGGAAAAUCCUGGAGCCGGUACUCCAGUAAAAAUAUGCCCAUAUGGGGAAGAAUUCGGAAUAACCACUCCAUCUGGGGGUUUGAUUUUCAAUCCAUUCCAUAAAGAAUUUCUCAGUCGUGUUGAACAAGCGAACUUCAGCCCAGGAAUAUUUGCCUACAAUCCCAGUCCGAUUAGCAAAAGUGGUUCAAGGAAAACAACUCCCAAUAGAAUCAAGACACCUUUUAUUUUAUCUCCUGACCUUCAGGGAGAAUUGUUCCCUGCUGAUAUAGACGAAAAUCCAAUACUACAAUUGAAACUUCAAGAGAAACUGGAUACUCAGUGUGAUGAUGAGAUUCAGAAUAGAAUUCAUAGCUUUUUUAAAAAUCAUCUUAUUGCACCUAGCCCUGACACAGUUGUAUUUGACUCACCAACUAAAUUUCACUCUAGUUGUCUCCCAAGGACUUCAUCUCUUCUACCUACAGCUACUCCUUUAGGUAAAAAGAAAAAGAAUUCCUAUAUUCUAGGAAAUACUUCAAGUUCUAUGUGCGAAGUUGCAGUACAAACAUCAAUCUCUAUGCCUCCAUCAUUUGACUUUGAGUCAGUUAUGCAAAUUGCUUUUGAACAGAAUCAUUCAAUGAAAAAUUUAUCCGUUGCAAAAUCUUCAGUUAUGUUGUCAAUAACAUCAAAUGAAAUGAUCAUCAAUGAUGAUAGAUCAAAUUCACAACAAAAAUCGGAUCCAUUCACAAAUAGUAUAUCAUUAUCAGCUUGUGCAGUUGAUCGUCCUAUUCCUUGCAAUUCAAAUAGUAACUCUUUGUCAAUACUUCAUAAAAAUUCUCGUCAUUUACUUAGUCGACGUAGUCUCUUCUCUGAUUCAUCCGAAAUAAAUGAAGAACCUAGUUACACGGUCGUAGAUGACAAUGAAUUGAAUGAACAACAACGUACAUUAACUUCAUCUGACGAUUUAAGUCGUCAUAAUCAUCAUGAUAAUUUAAACUUUUCAUCUGUUGUUGCACAACCAGCAUGUUUAAGCUAUCUGUCAUCAACAAAAAUGGAUUAUGGAUCUUCACAUACAAAAUUCAAUAUUGAUAAAUUUUCUCCUAAAAAUGAAUCAAGUUCUUUAUUGAUUAAAGAAACUGCUGCGUUACAAAUGUGUUUGCCUGCAAGUUGGGCUGAUACUGUUGGCAAUAGCGAUAGUUCCGAUGAUGAUAAUUAUUAUAAUGAUGAUAGUAAUAAUGAUAUUAAGAAUAAUGAUGAUAAUUUAACAGAUCAAGAUAAUUCAGUCAGUAUGCAUACGUUGAAUCGAACUACAGUUGAACACAUUUCUAAAAGUAUUGAUAAUAAUGAUAAUGUUAUAUAUUUUGAUGAUACUAAUACAAAUGUUGGUUAUUACAAACAUAUUGAUUAUUGUUCAUCUCAAAUGAAUUCACCACAAUAUCAACAACAAUUUCGUUGUGGUAGUACUAGUCCAAAUGUUUGUUACACUGAUAUAUCAUUUCAAAGUCCUGAUUUAUCACCAAUCUUACCUAUACAUCGUAAGAACAGUUUAACAAAUUGUCCACCAUUCACUGAUGAAGUUAAAGAUAUUUCUCUUGUUCAAACUAACAUGCAUAUGAAUGGGAUUAGUAGUAAUCAUGGAAUUAUGCCAGUGAAAUGUUUAUUCCCGUCUAAUUUGAAUGGAUCAACUUGACAACAGUAAUAUUAUUACUGUUGUUGUAAUGAUAAAUUAUCGUAAUAUUAUUGCAAUAAAAUUUCUAGUAGUCAUAAUGAUAAUUUUGUCACGUGAAAAAUGUGGUUACACGAUUACUCUCUCACUCUCUCUGUUCCCCCGCCUCCUACCGACUUACAAUAAAUCGUUUUAACUGUACUAACAUUGUUUUUUUUUCUCCCAGCUCUGUGACCGGAUGAUUACUUUUUAUCUCACAUAAUACCCUUUUUCUUGAUUAAUGUAUAACUGAAUGCGUUAUUAACAAUCAAUAUUCUUGUCCAAAGUUAUUUUUCUUUAAAAACAAGGCUUUACUACUAUUUGUAAGUAACUUCUUUUUUUUCGUUAAAAUAAAACUUCAUUCUGUGGUAUUUGC